GGGGUGGGGUUAACCACUCUUCUUGCGGAAUCGCCAUCAAGAGAUUUCGGAAGCAUAAUUUUUUAACCCAGGGGCUGCUAGUGAUCACUCGUCCUGGCGCCCCAUCUCCUGCUGUGAAAGAAAACAUCAAACCGACCUAAGUAUGAACAAACUCCUGGAUAGCUGUUAUAUGAAAGCAGCCCCCCUCUGUAGUCUUCUCUGAGUGUGAUGGCGACCACUGACGAGGUCACGGUGUCCAUGGGGGAGGUGGUAAUGGUGAAAGCUGACGGUGAAGGAGACGCUGAUGACCCUAAUAAGACUCAGGUCAUCCUCCAGCUCCAGCCAAUAACCCCUGGAGAUGAAUCUGCUGAAACAGAUGCAGCUGUCAUGGCUGUUGAAGCACAUCCAGAACAAACAGAUGGAGAUGACGUUGAAAUUGGCUGUCCCAUAACUUGCGGCGACUGUAAAGCUGUGUUGCUAGUGAAGAAAUUCGUGUGCCCAGGAAUCAAUGUAAAAUGUGUGAAGUAUGAAGACCAGCUGAUCAGCCCGAAGCAGUUUGUGCACAUUUCUGGAAAAGCCACUCUGAAAGACUGGAAGAGAGCCAUCAGGAUGGGUGGAGUCAUGCUAAGAAAAAUGAUGGAUUCAGGUCAGCUCGACUUCUACCAGCACAGCACACUGUGCACCAACACAUGUCGCAGCACAAAGUUUGACCUCUUAAUCAACAACACACGGUUCCCUCCAGAUGGCUCCGGGCUUACCACACCCACAUCCUCUCAAGCUCAGGUGGCUCUGGGUAAUGGCGGAACAGCAAGCGAGGACAGAGCCGAGGUUCUGAGCGGGAAGAUGGACUGGAUUUCGAGCUCACUGGAGGCUGUGGACAAGAAGGAAUCGAAUGAGAUCUCAGAGGACACACUGAACUUCUGGAAGGGCAUUGCUGAUGUGGGUUUGCUGGGUGAAGUGGUGACCAACAUCAGCACAGAGCUGCUGGAGCUGCUGAACGGCGUGCAGCAGCGCAGGGAGCCAGCAGCCUUGCAGGACACAGAUUCCUGUCUGGUAGAGGUGGCGGUGCUCAGUAACCUCGCCCAAGUGUUCGGCCUGCUCGACUCGGUCAAGAAGACGGUGGAGAGGAGGAGGCAGCAGACAGAUCCCAGCCAGGAGCAAAUCCUCAGCACACUCAACAACCUGGAGGUUCAGUUGGAAGAACACAGGAAGCAGCAGCAGGUUCGAGCUCUCUUUUCCUGCCCGCAGCCUGCCAAAAACAAAACUCCCACCAAGCGCCAGACCAAGCGGCCUCGUCUCCAGAGGCCCGCCUCCACCACCACCCUCCUGACCUCCCCCAUCAACCAGCAGGCCACCCUGCAGCCCCAGCAGUUCACUGUUCUUUCCCCCAUCUCGUUGUCCUCUGUGGGUCAGCCAUUCACGGUGGCAGGCCUGCCCAUCGCCUCCCUGGCCCAAUCCUCCAACACAGUUACCCUGCUGCCCGCAGGCUCGCAGGUCUUCACCCGCUACAUGGUGACUGGAGACGGAAAGGCAGACACCAUCACCUUGCACCCGUCCUCUGGCCUCACGCUGGUGGGCACCACCACCAUGCAAGACUCCAGCCAGUUGGGCACGGUGGUGAGCCCCGUAGAGCUGCUGCACCUGAGCCAGCAGGCUGGCGGCGCAGAGGUGGUGCCCAUAGAAGGCCAGGUGGUGGACGGCACUAUGGUGGUGCAGCAGGAGGUAAUGCAGGGCGAGGUGGAGGCCGGCCAGGAGCACACGGUCAUCGAGAUCAACCCAGCUCCGAUGGAGCAGGCGGUGGGAGUGAUGGAGCUGCAGCUGACCGGGGAGUCGGGCAGAGAUGGUGCUACCAUGAUGGUCCAGAGCGGGAUGGAGGUGACGAUGGCUGCAGCGGAGGAGGAGACGCAGUGCCAAAUGCAGGAGGCACAGACUGAAGAGGUUCAGGGGCUGCAGCUGGAUGCCAGCGGACAGUUGUCAGGUGUACAGAUAGUGGUUAUAGGAGAACAUACUCAGGAAGAAAACAAGGUCAAAUGAGACAAACCUCCUAUUUUAUCCAGCAGAGCAGGUAUGGACUCGUACGAUCACAGACUUGUGAAACUGUAAAUACACAGAAUUUCCAAAUCCACAAAUUGCCUUGGCCUAAGACCAAGCUCUAGGGAGUAGCCAUUUUUCCUUUUUUGGUGUGUGUACAUGCUCCUCUCAACUUGUUGAUUUUUUUAUUGAAACAAAGAGGCAUCACAACAAAGAAUAUACUGUGUGCUUCUGUUUGAUUUGUAUUUAAAGUGUGAUUCCAGUUCAUUACAAUUGGUGGGUCAGAUAUUUGUAGUUUUGGCCAUCAUUUCUGUUGGGAAUAAUAACACUGUGCCCGUCGAGUUAAAUACUGAGAGGUGAGAAUGUGUCAGUAUCUGAGUCAGUCAGACAGACUUUUAACAAGUCUGCGGGUUAGCCAGACCUAAGGGAAGUGAAAACAUCUGUUGUGUGAUCACAGUCUUCCUGUGCAAAGCUGAAUUAUUACCACCAUUUUGGGUGUGCUCACUUUACAGUUACAUCUCCAAAUAAAAGGGGCAAAUCAGUUUCCCAAAACGUGGGCUUCCUAUCCAUACCUGAACGUCUGAACCAGGAGGAAACAAUAUGAUUUGGCAAAAAGAGCUGAAUAAUAAAUAUUUAACUUUUCAAGCUUUUUUUGCAACGAUGACCUUGAAACUCAAGGACACUGACUUUGAGCUUAAAAAUGUCAGUCAUCACCUAUUUAGCUCAGUCUGCUUAAAUCUGCAGAUGUUGUGCUCAUAUUGCCAACUAGCUGAAAACACAUUCAGAGUUUGAGAGUAUAAACGACGUAAACAAACAUGAAGUCUGACCUUCUUUUUGCUCAAAAUAGUGGUUCAGUAGAUAGUUGUCAAUACAACAUUCAUCUGUAGUGCAGAAACAUUGAGAACGCCUGGUUAAAUCAAUCUGUCUGAACUGUUGUCAGUCUGACUCAUAGAAAUAGAAUGAAUAGAAAGGACUUUGAACUACCUGAACUUGAAAUUGAAACUGAACUGUAAUUGUUAGUUGUCAUGGUGACAACAUGCACACAUCAGCAGGGCCGUAAAGUGUCACACUCGCUGGUUGGACUGCAGUUUUGGCCGACUGCUGCCUUUUAAUUGAUCAAAGGAAUCAGGGCUGGGUAUUGUUUAAAAAUGACAAUACCAGCACCAAUAAUGGUACCUGUAAUGUGAUACAGAUCCCAGUAGAGUACUUCAGUAGAUACAGUUUUUUUUCUGCUAAAUCCAAUACCCAUCGUGAAUUGGAAGAACUCAUUUGCAUAAAGCGCCACCAGAUGCCACAAGCAUGCAGUGACGCCAUACUUUUAAAUGUUUUGGUGCAUCUUAGCACGCUGAACUGCCAUCUCCAUCAAAGACACACGACUUCACCACACCACAGACUGUAUGGACUGUAGCUGUUACGGUCAUGGACCAAUCACAUGUUGCAGUAAAUUGAAGAAUGCUCCCAGUGAUUGGCUGCCAACACAACCAUACAAAUAGUCAUUUUUUUCUGUAUCUAGGUACACAAACAACUGAAUGCAGGUACUGGUUUAUUUUAGUCGAUACUUUAAAGGUAUCUAGUAGCAAUACCCAGCCCUAAAAGGUAUUCAUUCAUUCAUUCAAACCUUUAUAUAAUCAAUUGAGGGAGACCCCUAAUUUUCAAUGAUGUCGAGCAUGAACUCAGACAUUAAAACAAUCAUAUCAGUUAAAACAGAAAUGAAAUCAUCAAAGCAACAACAAUAACUAUAAAUGAGCGGUAAAAGUAGAGCUACAGGGUGAUAACUAUGCUAAGGUGUAGAUGUAUAAUUAAAAGCAUGCACACUCAAUUAAAACAAGAUCAGAAAUAAGGCACUUAAACAGCCGUAAGUGUAGCAGAGUGUCCAAGUUCUAAGUCUUUUGCAGAUUAUUCCACGUAUAAGGUGCACUGUAAGAGAAUGACCUAGUUCUGAUUAAGGGAAUGUGAAGCAACCUAUUCUGUGAACGAGGACCAACAGUAUGUGAUGACAGAGUUAAGACUGAUGAAAUAUAGGGUGGAAGCAUCUGUAUCAUAGCUUUAUAAAUGAACAAAUGCUUUUCCUGCCUCACAGCCAACCUUUCGGUAAAGGUGUCAGUGGUGGGUGCUGUAAGGAUCACCUGUUAAGAACCUUAGGGCUGAGUGGCAGACAACAUCCAGUGAUUUCAGUGUAGAGGCAGCAGCUUUUCCGUGUAUAACAUCCCCAUAAUCCAAAACAGACAAAAAUACAGAUUCUACAAUUCUCUUCCUGUGUACAAAAGGAAAACAGAAUGAAUAUUGAAAGAUCCAGUGUGAGAAGCCUUGGUGAACAGCAUCCAUUUGGUUACAUCUGAGUGAAGUACUAACUUAGGAUAUGUAACUGAAGUUGAAGCAAAUCAAAAGACGAUUGUAGACGUUCACUGGCUGAUUGAGCAGAUGUAAUAUAAUAUAAGCAAUAUAAAACUGUGUCAUCCACAUACAGAUGAAAUUUACAUGAUUUGGGGGGAGGGGUGGGUUAAUAUCAUUUAUGUAAAUUGAAAACAAUAUUGGCCCUAACACUGAGCCCUGUGGAACACCUUUAGUAAUAUUACAACUGGAAUGGACAUCAUCCAUCUUUACACAUUGUAGUCUGUCAGAGAGGUAGUUUUCAAACCUUAGGCAGCUGAAUCAAAACCAAUACGGGACAUUUUGCUAUCCAAGGCUCGUGUAAUAUCAUUUAGAACCCAGGAGGUUGGAGAUAUGUCACUGUGCAAAGGACUAAAACCAGACUGUACUGACAUCUUUGUACAGGGAGUAGAUGUAUUUAUAACUGGCAGUGUUCGGAGGUAACAUGUUAGUUUUGAAAUUCAAGUAAUCAGUUAUUUAGUUGCCAUUAAUUCCACAUUCUUGAAAUGUGAUGUAACAUCACUGUAGUUGCCUUCAAAGAAGAAGUGAGCGCCACUGCUCAGCGUAAACUGAGAGGCAGAGACACAGCGGGGAUUUAUUUUGUUUCUGUCGAGUUUGAAUGAAGUGUGUUUUACGAUGGGUUAACAAGGGGAUUAAGCGAAAGUCUUAGCUCGGUGAAAGAGAGAAACUUGGAUUGGUAUUUUGCUUAUUUUUUAGACAUGUAUAAAGGUAGUGAAGUCCCUGCUUUGGGGUGGGGACGCUAAAGUAUUCUACUUUUCUCUGUAGGAAACGUUGUAAUGUGAAUCCAGCAAUCCUCUCCUUCCAAGGCAAUGGAUGUGGUGCACAAAAGCUUGUUUGGCCGUGACUGCAAAACCUCACCUUGGUGCGUUCAUGUCUUGCCACAAGUAGGUUUGUGUAUACAGAAUGUAUACGUUAUUGAAGAGACGUCACUGUUAUCUCAAAUCUCAGCUAUGACCUUGGUCCAUUCAGUGUCAUCAAACCCAACAGAAGCAAUGGCCAAAACUACAAAAACACCCGAAUUGUAAUCAUCUGGAAUUAUCCUUGAAGCCUCCAUGAGCAACCCGAGGACAAGAUAAUGCACUGUAAUGUAACUGUAAAGUCUACAUGCAGGGCUUUAAUGGUGCUGAUGUUUUUGUCAGUUCACAUCCUCUGACACUGACUCAGCAGCGGCAGGCUGCAAGUCACGGCCUCCCGCUGCUGAUCAGACUUGUUACCAGUAACAGUGUUGGUGUCACUCGAGGCAGGGAUGAAUUUUGCACUGUCUGUGUGUGGUAGUAUCGCAUCCAAGCUGUAUUGUUUUUGCACUGUGUGACGUCCUUGUGGGACAACAGGAAGAUGUUUGCAACGAUGCCUGCUCUGUAAGCAUUUCUUUAGAAUUUGGCCACAGCGUGUGGCAGAGUGUUUCUUAUGUGCAUAGUUAAACGGAAACAGACUGAACUCCUCUCACUGGAACUGCAUUGCUUAUGCACUUAUUCUCUCAGUGGUUUCUUACUGCCUGAUUUUAUCCACAAACUCCAUUUAUUUUCUUUAUUGUGAUCACCUAUGGCUUUAUCUCAGUAUGAUAGAUAGUGUGAGCUACUGGGCUGAUUGUUUAAGUGGAUAUACAAAGACAUAUAUAUACUUAAUGUCAAACUUGGUAUGCCUGUAUUUUACACUUGUAGGUUCAUAUUUAUUAGUUUCCAAACUCUGUUUAAGGUGCAAACAUGGAUUAAUUUAUGCUCUUGGCUGUAGCUCACAUCAUCAAAGACAUGUUCAAGACGUGUGCAUUUCCAAUAAUUUAAUUUAACAAUGAGGGUAUUUGCAUACUGACUUUGUAAUGUGUUUUAAUAUCAGAUUAAAACAGAAAAAUAACAA